GUAGGAUCUCAGAAGUUGUAGUUUCUUCGAAUCUCCCAAGUUCUACUUCCCAAACAAUCCCUUUUUCCUGUUUCUGUUUUCUUUUUUUUCUUUUUUUCUUUUUUUCUUUUUUUCUUUUAUUUUAUUUUUUUUUCUCCAACACGCCAAGGCCGAAACCUUUGAAUUUCUGAUCUCUCAGCUACAGAAGAAUACUGGCUGAAGAUACAUAUAUACAUAGAUGACGGAGUUGAGAAUGGUGGCUAUGGUGGUGGUGGUGGUGGCUAUGCUGGUAAUAUCUUGCCAAAUGGAGGGUACACUGGGGAUAAGGUUUGUGAUAGACAGGGAAGAGUGUUUCUCUCAUAAUGUUCAGUACGAGGGAGAUACCCUCCAUGCCUCUUUCGUUGUUAUCAAAGCCGAUACCCCUUGGAGUUAUGGGGAUGAAGGUGUUGAUCUAGUGAUAAAGGGUCCUUCUGGCGAACAAAUUAAUGACAUACGCGACAAGACUAGCGAGAAGUUGGAGUUUGUGGUUCAAAAGAGAGGUCUUUAUCGCUUCUGCUUCACUAAUAAGUCUCCUUAUCAUGAAACCAUUGACUUUGAUGUACAUGUUGGUCACUUUGCAUACUAUGAGCAGCAUGCAAAAGAUGAGCAUUUCGCUCCUUUGCUGACAGAGAUUGCAAAGUUGGAGGAAGCCCUUUAUAACAUCCAGUUCGAACAGCAUUGGUUAGAGGCACAGACUGACCGCCAAGCAAUAGUGAACGACGGAAUGAGUCGGAGGGCAGUUCAUAAAGCGAUGAUUGAAUCAGUAGCACUUGUCGGGGCCUGUGUCCUCCAAGUCUACCUUCUGCAACGCUUGUUUGAAAGGAAGCUUGGAUCAUCCAGAGUUUAGAUUUCUUAGAUGCCCUUAUUAUUUAUUGAUUUGAUACUACAAAAUGGAAAUCUUGUAUUAGCAUUUUUGUUUAUUCAUUGUCUUGUUUCUUAUUUAUUUAUUUUAGUUGAGUUUUCCAUACACGAUGGUACAUGUAGGAGACACAGUAUAGCUUCUUUGUAAUGUACACUUCGAUUUUUGGAUGAUUAUUGGUGUUUUCUGUUUUGAA